CUACGUAGAUAGUUAUUGUGAAAUCAUUCAUUAUUCGAGAAUGAAUCCUCUAAAAGGUUUGGUGUUUUUCCUUUAAGUUUUGAGCGCUAAAAAUCCCAUGUUAUUAUUGGUCUGCAUUUUGAAAGAUCCUUGAGUUGUAGUUGACGAUUGGUCAAUACUUUUGGCGGAACGAUCGAGAAGAAAUGCAUCGUUUGGACGCGAGAGAGACGUGACGAUGUAAAGUUAGUUCUAAAAGUACAUCAGCUCUGUAAGCAUCUUUUUGUUAGAACUCAAAAAGUCGCACUUUGCCGGCCAAAAUGGUUUUCUUCUUAUAGUAAAAGAACUAAUGGAUUUCUAACAUGUCAAGGAAUAUAAUGACAAUAGUUUCACGGCAUUUUAAUGGAUAUAUUAUUGUGAAACAGUUCUAUUGUUAUGCAGUUUGAUUUGCCGGUAAAAGAAGUGCGUGGUUUCCUGGUUCCUGUCCUUUAUGUAGCUGUUGCUAUUUUUAUGAUGUUUUGAUUUGUUCAUGUUCCAGUAAGAAAUGCCCAGAUGAUAUUAUUUGGUAUCGAUUUUAUCCAGUUUUGUAAUGAUUUGAAUAUCUUCCCCUCCCAGCCCCGUCUGAAUGGAAAAUUUUGAAGUUCCAAGUGUUGUGACAUGGAUUUUUGUUUUAAGAUAUCAGAAGUAAUCGUUAAUGAUGGAUAUAGGGGGGAAACUCAAAAAUACAUUGCUGAUGUGGCUCUACUCAUUACCCAAGACCUUUUUAAACUUGAUCCGAUCGUUCAGCCAAUAUGUAUGGAUAACAUGAAUAGCAUACAUUUAAAUAAUUAUCAAAUAGGAGAGGUAGCUGGUUGGGGACUUACUGAAGAAGAAAAGCCCUCAGAAAUCCUCAAAGCAAUGAGAAUACCAUACAAAGAUAGGACCACGUGUUCUAAAGAGCUACCAGAGAGCUGGGAAGAAGUGUAUAAUAUUUUUGAUAAAAUUUGUGCUGGUCGUCCGAAUGAAAGUAUUGCGGUCUGUCAAGGAGACAGCGGGAGCGGACUUAUUUUUAAAAAUCGAGAAGACAAUAGAUACUACCUUCAAGGAAUAGUAAGUAUAGCACCAACUUUACAUACUUCUCAAUGUAAUUACCAAACGAACGCCUUAUAUACCAGUGCUCAAUUCUACUACUCUUUUAUAACAAGAGAGAUGACAAAAUACUACAUAGAGGACUGCAUACUUCCACCCUAUCCAAAAAAUGGAAAAUGGUUUCUAGAAGGUGGCGUAGAAAAAAAGCCCGGUGAUAUUGUAUUGUCCAGCACGAUCUUACGAUUUUCAUGUAAUAUGCGAUAUGUAUUGUCCACUGUUUCAGCAUAUAAUGACUGUAAAAGUUAUUACAAUCAUCCCACCUGUUUAAGGGUAUGUCCUAAACCUGUAUUACCGAGUGGUACAGAAAUGCUCUGUAAAAACUCUAAAGAUCAAUAUAUAGACUGUACAGAUAUUGCUGAUGGUAGCAGUAUAACGUUUACAUGUCCAAACGGUUUUGUAUCCGACAGAGGCACACCCACUAGUACAAGAUAUUGUCGAAAUGGAAUAUAUGGUAAUUCUGCACCUUCUUGUAUAAGUAGAAUUAUUACUACACCAAAACCUGCAAUUACAACAGAGUCAAUUUCUAGUCAAAUUAUUAAAGAUGGAAAAAAAGUUAUAUGUUAUUACGCCAGAUGGAUGGAAUAUAAUGGCUCGUAUCCAGAAGAUGUUGAGCCCCGAUUGUGCACACAUUUAAUUUACGAAUAUAUUGGCAUUAGAGAAAACGGAGAGUUGGAUCUGAAGGACAAAGGACCAGAUUUACUUAAACUGACAAUGGAUUUAAAAAAUAAAAACAAAGAUUUAAAAGUGCUGAUCAGCGUUGGUGGUAGCAGAGCUAGUUACUCAUUGUUCAGAAGUCUCUCCGAAAAUAGUGUAACACAAGAAUCUUUUUUGCGUAAUGCCGUAAAAAUAAUACGAACCUACAGAUUUGAUGGAUUGGAUUUUUCCUGGAUGUUCCCAAAACAUAGUGACAAGGAAUAUAUUUACCUCUUGAACCAAAUUAAACGUGAGUUUGAACAUCAUGGAUGGCUACUGAGUGUCACUGUAUAUCCUAGAUUGAAAAAAACUGGAUACGAUCCUCAAGAAAUGGAUAGCAUCGUAGACUGGGUAACUAUUAAGACCUUUGAUGUAUAUAAUAUUUUGCUUUCUGAAGUCGAAAACACAACUGUAUACACUUUUCCCAAGGACUACGACUGGAAGAAAGAAGAUUUAAAUAGAGAAACAAUUAUAAGAAGCUGGCUUGGUGCAGGUCUAUCUAAAAAUAAGUUAAUUAUGGGAUUUGAUUUGUACGGGAUCAAAUUUACAUUUCAAGACGGUACACAAUCUAACAGAAAAGAUCAACUCAGAAUAGACAGGGUUAGAUACGAUGAGAUCUGCCCAGAUUUGCUAGAUUAUUAUCAGACACAUUUUGGUACUAAGAGGGACCUUAAUACAGAAACCACAUUUGUAGAUAUGUAUAACUAUAACCAAUUGCUUGGUUGGAACGACGCAUAUUCUACUUUUUCGAAAGGCCAGUACGUAAAAUAUAAAAGAUUGGGUGGUUUUGCUGUUUUUUCUGUAGAGGAUGAUGAUUACAAAGGAGUCUGUGGAGAAAAAUUAGGUCUAUUGAAGGGUUUGCAUAAAGGGUUUCAGAAAUUUGUUCAUUUUGGGUUUAAAUAAAUUUAAUAGUACAGUGUG